CCGUCCUCUACGAUCCUCCCUCUUUCGCGUGCAGUCAUUCGCGAGAUGGAAGUUGAUAUCGUGUGAAUUCUCCAUCGGCCUUCAAGAGGAGGUUCCUUUCGUUCAUCGUGAGGAAGACUUCGCGGGCAUCAAGAAAUGAGACCCUACCUUCAGGCGCCCAUGCAGACCCCGUGAGGAACCCAGAGAGUCCUAAUCCGCGCUAACCCCAUCCAGCCUUCGUCCACGAGGAUGACCGGAUCCUUCGCCUUCCUCUGGAUUUCCCUCCUUUCCCCCUUCCCCUGGGUGGCCGGGCACAAAGACUGCCCGAACUGGACGAGGCUGGGGAAUUCGGGGCAGGUGCCCUGCACAUGCUACGAACCACGCGCCGGCGCAGUGACAGUGGAUUGCUCGAGCGCUGAGACUAGUGAGAAGCUCUGGUCGGCCUUCAACAAGGUUUCCUGGUCAUCGACUCAAUUCUGGAAAUUCAAGAUGGACAAGAACCCCAACGUGGAAGAGCUCCAAGAAGAAGCAUUCGCAAGCGUCUCCUUCGAGAGGAUCAGCAUCCGCAACAGCGCCUUGAAGACGAUCCAUCCGUCAGCCCUCCUCGCCUCCUCAAAGACGCUAUUCAUGCUAGAAAUCUUCUCAAGUAACAUGGAGAGUUUUCCCUUCGACGUCCUCCCCCGGCUGGCCAACCUCAGGGCUCUCAUCCUCCCGCUCAAUCGCUUCGCUUCCGUCCCGCCCCUUCGGAGCGGAAGCCUCGAGGAACUCUACCUAAUGUGGAAUAAAAUUUUGAGGUUUGAGAAAGACGGAUGGGCGACUCCUAAAUUGAAGAAACUCAUUUUAGAUGGGAACCCUUUCUCGGAGUUCCCAUCGGAUGUCAUCAAUGGAUUGGCGAGACUGGAGGAGUUCUCUUGCACGGAAUGCAACCUGGGUCCGAACAUUCCGAGCGGGUUACUCAAUUUCCGCAGCGAGACCUUGAAGGUGGUGAAUCUCGCUUGGAAUAAAAUCGUCACGUUGGAGCCCGGAGCCAUCACAGAUUUGACACCCAACACGUAUGUCGAUCUACAGCACAACAAUAUCGCCAUAUUCCCGAAGGAAAGCUUCCAGUCCAUUCUACAAGUCCUGUCGCGCGGGAACGGGAUCCUCGACGUAAAUUCAUUUUCCCCCGAAGGAGGAACACCAGCAGGGAAUACCAUUCAGUGCGAUUGUGAAGCUGAAUGGUUAGCGAACGACCGACUCUUCAAGAGCAUCGGCGGGAAGUGUCGAAAUGGAAUCGAAUUUCAUAAAUUCAGAUGGGACGAAUUAGAGUGCCUUCAGCCCUGCCCCUACUCGUGCGUCCAGGUCGGCCUCCUCCCCCUCUGCAAUCCAGAGACAGUCAUCUUGUCGAAGGUGGAGGGCUGCCGAGCCCAGGAGCUGUGCUGCCAGCCGAACUUCCGAGCCAUGGCCGUAAACAAGACGACGACGCCCCAACAGACAGCCGUGGGUUCUAGAGGAUGCGAAGAACCUCAUGAAUUUCUGAACGGAUUUGUUCGAAAGUCUUGCCCAGGUGUUGUCACGAGUGGAAUUGGAGAAGUCGACGUAGGAAUCAGCACAGAUUGCAUCAGAGACGGGAAGUACGUGCCCGGAAGCAAAGUGGAAUACAAGUGCGACGAUCAUUAUGUCAUCAGGGGAUCGCGGGUCCGGAUAUGCACAGAGAGAGGAAAAUGGUCUGGCCACGUUCCCUUCUGCGAUCCGAAAUGCGGGAAGAGGCGAUUGGUGACGGUGUUGUCGGCCGGGGGCAAGCCAUCGAGUCUCGGAGAAUGGCCAUGGCAGGCUGCCAUUUACGAUGUCGAUAAGAAAAUCAUCGUUUGCGGAGGGGCUCUCAUUCGGAAACAAUGGGUUCUCACCGCAGCUCAUUGUAUCACACAUGAUGGUACCUCGCGACCUCGGCCUCAGAAUGACUUCCACGUUUAUUUGGGGAAACAUCAUCGGAAUGAUUCAUUGGACGAUGACUUCGUGCAGAAGAGAGAGGUGUCUGUGAUCUUUUCAUCCAAAGACUUUAACAUUCAUAACUUCGACUCUGACAUCGCCCUGCUGAAACUGACAGAGCCGGUCCUGUUGACGGACAGAGUGCAGUUGAUCUGCAUCCCGAAGAAUCUUCAGAUCACGGAGAACAACCUCAAGGAUGGAAACAUAGGAUUGGUGGCGGCUUGGGGUUUCAACGGUUCGGAUGUCCUCAGCGAAGAAUUAACGAAGAUACAGAUCCCGGUGGUAGCAAAUAAUAUUUGUCGUCGGGAUAUCACUAAUGUCACUGGCAAUCCUGACACCAUCCGCACCCUCACCGGCAACCAAUUUUGUGCUGGACAUAAUACGGCUAUCUCUGAAACAGAGUUCCAAACCGUGUGUCCUGGGGAUUCAGGCAGUCCGAUGGUCUUCUAUUCAAAAACCUUGGACCACUGGCACGUCGAAGGAAUCGUGAGUCACCAUCUCGGCAAAAAGGAAUGCUCCAAGAGGGCGGGUGGCGAAUAUGGGAUUUUCACCAGGGUUUAUCGACACAGGCUCAAUACCAAUGCCAGCUCCCCUCAGAAUCCUACACGGAACAAGAGACCAGUGCGGGACCCCUUCCGGACCCCCUUGUUUAUAGAGGCGGUACCGGAAAAGUUCCGCAAUCCUAUAGCCUUUGUCAGAACCCUUCUCUCUGUGCUCAAAGGCAUAGAGAUCACCAACAUAAGAAAAACAAGAACGGGAUACGUCUUGGACGUUCCCAACCAACAAGAUGCCGAAAGACUCAUUGACAAAUUGCCAUCCAAUAUGGGUACUGCCCAUGCCCCGCACACCAAGACAAACCCCUUGAAGUUUGUCAUAAAGAAUGUCUCUCUUGACACCGAAAUAACAGAUGUCAAAGAACUACUUGAAGAAUCUGGCAUAACCCUGAUGGAGGACAUCAUCAGGAUGAGAAAAACUCGUACGGGUCAACCUCUCCCCCUUCUCUUUGUGAAGGCGCAUGCAGGAAAGCAGCCUGGCUCUUCUGCCCUUACUCAGACAGAAGUACCUGCCACCAGGCAUGUUACAAAGCAGCACACUCCAAAUCCUGCUGCUUCAGAGCCACGCCCACAGCUCUCUGGUAUCCUCAAUCCCCGUGCAUGGGAGCACAUCCAUUCCCCUUCUUGCACACAGCCAGUCACGAACAACAAUGACACGCCCUUACCCAUAGACCAGUCUACUCACCAACCUGUAGACAUCACACGCCUCUCCAGGGAAUUCUCUUCCUUGCAGAAACAGAUGAAAGCCGGACUCACACCAACCUGUGCCCUUUGCAAAGGCCCUCACAAGGCCAACUCCUCUGCUUGCCCUCACAGAAGGGCAGCCUUGGAACGCAUACUUAUGCAGGAGCAAUUCCGCAAUACAAAAUUAGCAAAGGAACUCCUUCCAUCUCGAUCGUCAGCACAGACACCUCCUCGAAAUGUAGAGCACUUCCCACCCCUGCCUAUCAGCCCGAGGACUUUGUCAACUGCAACUGCCCCUGUCACUGCGCAGCAUGCAGGAAAGCAGCCUUGCUCUUCUGCCCUUACUCAGACAGAAGUACCUGCCACCAGCCAUGUUACAAAGCAGCACACUCCAAAUCCUGCUGCUUCGGAGCCACGCCCACAGCACUCUGGUAUCCUCAAUCCCCGUGCAUGGGAGCAUAUUCAUUCCCCAUCUUGCACACAGCCAGUCACGAACAACAAUGACACACCCUUACCCAUAGACCAGUCUACUCACCAACCUGUAGACAUCACACGCUUCUCCAGGGAAUUCUUUUCCAUGCAGAAACAGGUUAAUGACCUUUUCACGGCCCUUACCCCUCUCCUCGCCCUUAUUCCACUCUUCGCUCAAUGGACGGCGUCUCAUCAAACACGCCUCCAUUAA